AUGUCCGACAACGAGGAUGAUUUAGAAAAUGUGCCUUUUGAUGAAAACUACCAUGAAAAUAAAAAACAACGAAAAAAAAAUCGUGAAGGUUUUAACGUAAAACAAGAAAAUUUAAAAACCGAAGAAGAUCGAUUGCACAACGAAAUUAAUCAUUUAGACUUAAUAUUAGACGAACAAAACUUAAAAAGUGAUGAAUUAAUCGGAAAUUUUGAAAAAUUACAUGGAGAAAUACGUGGAUUAGAGAAUGAAGUACAAAAAUUAGAUAGCAAACAAAAUGAAUUGAUAGUGUGUGCUGAACAAGCAGAUGCAGAACUCAAGGUACAAAUAGCAGGAAUAGCUGCAUGUGAGAGUGCAUUACAACAAUGCAAUGAACGUAAAAGACAAUUAGAAUCUGACGAAGCACAAUUAAAACAACAAUUACUAGAUAUUCAGGAUUCACAAAUUAAAUUAGAAGCAUCGUUGGCUACUAUCAGAAAUCAAUUGGAACAAGCCAACAUUGAUUUAAGUGCUCAAGAAGCAACACUCAAAGAGGAAGAAAACAAAGUACAAGAACUUGAAACAAAAAUUGCUGAUUUACGUAGAGAGAUUUUUGCAAUGAAUAAUGAAUUAAAAGAAAUAAUAACUGAAUUAGAACGUUUAUUAGAAGAAAAAAAUCGUCUAAUACAGGAACAAAAGGAUUUAACAAAUCAACAACAACAAUUAGAAGCAAAUAUUAAAGAUUUAGAAAAUAUAAUACAAGAAAAACAAAAUAAUGUAACAAAAGUUGAUUUAGAAAUUAAAAAUAUUAAUAAGCGUAUCAAUGAUUUAAAUGAUCAAUUGGCAAUUAUUCAAGAUAAAAUUCAGACGUCUGUAAAUAGUUUAGAACAAGUUCAAAAUGAUGUACAAACCCAUGAACAAAAACUAAGAGAUUUAGACAAUACGAUAAUAUCGUUAGAAAAUGAAAAGCAUCAACUCGAAAGAGAGUUAGAAAAGUUAGCUGAUCAAUACGAUGAUUAUUUAAAUCAACAACAAAAUAUGGAUAGGAAUCUGAAGGCAACUGAAAAUUUAUUAGCUAAAAUACACAAAAAAAUAGAUGAAUUUCAAAAAACACUCGAUAAAUUCAAAAACGAAUUAAAUCAAUUAGAAGGUGAACAUAGUGGAAUUGAAUUAGAAUUAAAUAAAGCCAUUCAAACAUGUAAUGAUUUAAGCGAGCAAAAAAAUGAUGCUAAAAACCAAUUGGAUAUUGCUAAUAAUGAACAAAGGCAAAAUGAAGAGAAAUUAAUAAAUCUUCAACAACAAGAACAAGAACAAAAAUUAAAGUAUGAGCAAGCAGUAAGAGACGCUCAAGACCUAGAAAGACAAAUGAAUGCUGCAUAUCAAGAAUAUACUAGUGCAAAUGAGGCAUAUAAGUCAGCUCAACAAGACGAAAAAUAUCAUUUAGGACGUUAUAACACAUAUGAAAAUGGUUUUUUUGUUGCCAAUUGGUUCAGAGAUGGUAACUCCAAAACACGUGGAGCUGCACUUGAUCGAGCAAGAGGUGAAACGAGUCGAGCUAAUUCAAUGUUGACGACCGCAAAAACAAAAUAUGACACACUUCGCGAAAAAUGUAAAGCAGCCAAUAGAAAACGUGAUAAUGAAAAAGAGUUAUGGACAACGAAAAUAAAUGCUGUGAAAAACCAAAAUAUUCUAUUGUGUGAUAAGAAAAACACUCGCCAAAUAUAUCAAAAUAUUUAUAGUAAACUUACCAAGGACUUCAGUCAAGCAAGUAACACUAGAAUUCAAUUACAAACGAAGUUAAAACAAGUCGAUAAUCUUUUAGCACAAAAACAAAAAGAAAUUGAUUCAUGUACAAAUGCUCUUCAAAGACAACAAGAACAAUAUCAACAAGAUGAAAAAAAACGAGAUGAAUUAAACUGCAACUUAACAGAUAUAUGUGCUGUAAUUAAACGUCAUCAACGUACAAUGAAACAACAAGAUGCACGAAUUAAUGAUAAUCAAACGCGACUUGAAAUGACACAAAACCAACAACAAGAACAAACACGAUUGGUGGAAACAAUAAAAACUGAACAAAAAAAGUUGAAAAAAAGAUUAGACGAAAAUAUUAAUAUAGAAAGAGCACUAAAUCGUGAAAUUAAAAAUCAAGAAAGUCUUGUUGGUGCUCGAAGUCAAACAGUUGAACAAAUAAAAAAUGAUAUACACAUGAAACAACAGGCACUUGAUGGUGUAAAAAAUGAACUUCAAAAUAAAAGAAAUGAUUUAACACGUAAGAUAAAUGAAAUAAAAAUAUUGGAAGGUCGAAAGCUAAAUUUAGAAAGAGACAAAAAUGAUAAAGAACAAGAUAUGCUAAAAUAUGAAAAUGAACGAAAUAAAAUGCGUCAACAAGUUCAACAAACUAAAAAGAGAAUUGGAGAAAUAAAAAAUGAUAUACAAAAAUUAACUAAACAACAAGCAUGUUUAAGUGCCGAUGCAAAUUAUGUUCAACAACAAAUAAAAGCUAAACAACAUGAAAACAAAAAAAAUUUAGAUGAAAUUGAAAAAUUAAAUGUCAAUAUUGGACACACAAGAAAAAAAGAAGAUGAUGCUAAGGUGGCUAAAGAAGCCGCCACAACACAACUGUAUACGAUCGCAAAACAAUUAGUUCAAAAAAGAAACUUAUUAAAUGAAAAGAAACUUGAAUAUCAACAAUUAGACACAAAUUUACAAAAAAGCAAUAAUGAAUUUCAAAAUGUUGAAAAUAACAAAUCAAGUAAACGUCAAAUAAUUCAAAAUAAUGCUGAAGCACGUACGGAAUUAGAUAAACGGUAUUAUGAAACUGAUUUAGAUUUUGAAGCGAUAAACGUUCAGAUUGAUACAGAUUAUUUUUGCAGUAGAAAGAGAAAAAAAAUGUCUGGUAAAUACGCUGAUAAUGAAGAAUCAGUAGCCGACAAAAAACAAGGACGAGAAAUGAAAUCAACUAAUCCGGUUGAAGUAACAACAAUAAAUGAUAUAGUUAUUAAUAUUCGAAAAAUAUGUGUUCACGACGAAAUAUCUCAAUUUAUUGAACAAUUAAAUCAAAUUGACAAUGAUAUAAAAAUACCCGAUAAUCUACAAUCAAAAACACCAUUUCAACUGUAUGCACUUUAUUCCACUAGUAAACCAGUUGAUAUAAGUAAUCAAAUUAAUCUUACAAAAUAUCAACCAAAUUUAGAUAUUCGGAAAAAUGAUACAUGUGGAUCAUUUCAUUUUAAUUUAUUAUUAAAUUUUUUUACAAUUGAUUAUGAAUGUCCAACAAUUCAAGAUCAAAAAUUUCCCUUAUUAUGGAAAACAACAUUUAAAACAAACGUAACAGUAAAAAUUUUUGAUUUUAAACAAGAAUCAUCAACGGUUGAAGACAAUGUCAAUGAAACAUUGUACAGUCUUUUAUUAGAAGUAUGCAGAUCAAAUAAAUAUGAUGAAUCAGUAGUGAAUAUGUGGUUGAAGAGUUUCAAAGGAAUAAGUAAUGAAAACUGGGAAAAGCUAUCAAAAGUCCCAUUUAUUGUCAAACAAAUGCUUCGUGAUCAUAUUCAAAUAAAUUCAACAAUAUCUAAUGAUCGUAAAAUAGAUAUGUAUGCUAGUUCAAAAGCAUUAUUAUUAGGUGAUAUUCAUCGUGUCAAACGGUAUAUUUAUUACACAAUUCAGCAAGAACAUUUAUUAUCCUAUCUAAACCCACAAGCAAUUAUUUUAGCCAUUCAAGAAGUACGGAAAACAUAUGAAGACGAUGGUAAUAUAUUAACCAAGAUUAAUGAUUAUCUUUGUAAAUUUUGUGCACAAAAUAAACAAGAAACGACUGAAACACAAGCAAAAAAACAACAAGAAUGGGUGAACACGGUAAAGACAUUUGAAACAGCACUUAAACUAAAACAAUGUGAUAUUAUUCAAUGUGAGAGAAAUAUUAGUCAAAUAAAUACUACACUUGAAGGUCAUAAUAUACGAUAUGAAGAAAUUUUACAACAAGAAUCAUUAAUACAUAAAACAAUGGCAGCUAAACAAGCACAAAUAUCACAAAUGUUAAAUACAGAUUUACGUGGUAAUUGGAUGAAUUUAAUAGAUGAUGCGGAAAAAAUAGAAAACAAUUAUAAAACACAAAAGAGAAACGCUGAAUUAGGUAUAGCAAACGGACAAAUAGAAGAUUUGAGAAAAAUUAUUGGCACGAAUAUUUCUGAUGCGAUGGAAAAGUUGUUUAUCAAAUAUGGUCGUGGUUUACUGCUUUACGGACCACCAGGAACUGGAAAAUCUGCACUAUUAAAAAAAGUCGCUGUUCUCGCUGGCAUAACAAUGUUAACUUCUCCAUUAAGUGCAGGCGAGUUAAAUCGUUCACAUGUUGGUGAAACAGAAAAAUUAUUAGUGGAUAUAAUGAGUCGCGCGUUAUCAUUACCACAUUUGAUAUGUGCAAUGACUAUAGAUGAAAUAGAUGAUUUAGCACCAAAACGUGAUAGUCAUUCACAACAAUCAAAAGUCGAUGGUAUUAGUGUUUUAUUAUCAUAUAUUGAAGGUGUUAAAAAUAUUCCAAAUUUAAUUAUAUUCGGUGCAACCAAUCGUAUGAACACGAUGGAUCAAGCAUUUUUACGACGUAUGCAAACUAAAUGUUUUGUUGGUCGCGCAUCACCAGAAGUUCGUAAAAAAUUAUUAAGCCCAUUAUUUUGUAAAGAUCCCGAUGUAUUUAAUAGAAGACGUAUUGAUUUUUUAUCUAAAAUUACAACAAAUUUUAGUGGUGUAGCUAUCACAUCGUUAAUAACAUCAAUAGUAUCGAUAUGUGAACGUGGUGAAACAAUAACUGAUCAUUUACUAUCCAAAUUAGCUGAUGGUAUUGCACGUGAAUAUAAUGUAUGGUUUGGUGUUAGUACAUUACCAGAAAUAUGUCGACUCAAUCCAGGUAUAUUUGGUAGACAACUUGAAAAAUAUUCACUAAAAUUUUCAGAUAUGCAACCAUCUGGAAAAAUAUUGGUAGAUUUACAAGAAAAAAAGUGUUUAAUUGAACUAAAAGAUGAGAAUGAUUUAACCAUAGAGAUGAAUCUAGAUGCACAUGAGACAUCAUUGCAAGCACUAAUAGCUCGUUUUGUCUUCGGUUGUUCUAGUCGAAAUAUUGAUACAAUACAAAUAAUUGAUUCAAAUUUUUCAUCAAUGCAUAAUGCUACUGAAGAAAAUCAAAAAUUUGAAUUAUUAAAUUCAACAUUUUUAGAAUGUAAUGAAUAUAAUCGUUCAAUGUUAAUAUUUGAUAUCGAUUCAUUAAUCACAAUAAAUAUAACAGAUAGUGACAUGUCAAAAUCAUUGUCAAUAUCAAAUAUACAUUUAUAUCAAUUUAUUAAAGAAAAAUGUAAAACAGCUAUAAUAGAAUUAAAUUCAAAUCAAUCAAAAAUAACAAAAGAAAAAUGGAUGGUAAUGAUUGUUAAACAUCCAAUGUUAAAAAGAUUACUACUAUCCAUUUCAAAAAAGAAGAAGCACGGCCAUUUCUUUGAUAACUUUUUCUAAGAAGCAGCUAAAAAGGUGCGGUUUUCAGUAUCGGAAAGCGAAAUGUUGGGGUAAUAUGAAAAACU